AUGGGCUUGAGCCAAAACCCGCGCCCUCUGACGCAAAGCCACGCCCCUUUCGAACGAAAACCCGCCCCACAAAAUCCGCCUCGUCCUCCUGGGACUGGCUCGAGGAAGGACAACCAGAAGAACCCCAUCCGGAGGAAGGACCAAGAGCUUUCUAGAGUACCAUCGAGAAGAGGAGGCGCCCAACAGCCCCGAAAAAAGACACUCCAGCCCGAGGAGAAGCACCUCCUGCCCAAACCAGAGGCGCAGACCUGGGCCAAAGAGAACCAUGUGGAGGUGCACCUCACUCUUCCUCAGAACCACCUGCUCCUGCUGGCCAGUGAGGAAGAGGAGGAGGAGGAGAGUCCCGGAGAGACGCUGGAGGUCCACGAGCACUCGCUCCGGCCCAACAACGAGCGCCUCGGCCUGCGCCUGAAGCUGAGAGGAGACGAGCCGGAGGAGUCGCCCGAACGCCCGGCCAGACCCGAGAAGCAGGAGGAGGAGGAGGAGGAGGACUCCAGCUGGACCACGCUGUCCCAGGAGAGCCCGUCCGUGGAGACGCCUCAGGACACAGGUGUUUGGGAAGAGCCUCCUCAGGUUCAGGACGUGUCUCAGGAGUAUUUCUGGCGUAUUUCAGCUGAUUCCACUCCUCGAGAGCAGCCUGUGUCUGGCGACGCCCACUCUGACCAGGAGGCGGAGCCGAGCCUGAAGGGGGCGUGUCUUCCCGUGCCCUGCACUAAAGCACAGACUGAGGCGAUGGGCCGCGCCGCCGGGUUCCUCAACAACAACUACCUGGUAAACACCGACAAUAACACCGAGACCACCGACACCGCUUCGGCCUCAUUAGCAGCGCUCACUCUCUCCGUACAGGACCUGACAGAGACCUCACGAAGAGAGAGAUGA